AUGGAUCAUCGUAAAACAUUUCCAGUGCUACUGCUGCUGUGGGGGAGUCUACAAGGGCAGGCGAAAAUAUCCCCCAGGGUAAUCUCACUGCAGCAGGUAAUGUUCAGCGAACUACAGACACUGGAAAAAAGUGCUUUUAUCACACAUCCUUCGCAUGCAACAUCGAAUGAAAAUGUUUUGAGCCGAUUGCGUAGCGUUUUCCACGAAUUUGAACUACAAAAUCAGGAAAGUAUCACAGCCAUUCUUAGGGUGCUAGCAUUGGUUGAUCAUACCCUGGAAAAUACGAUACAAGAUUGCGAAAAAGUGUUUCAUCUUCCUUCGCUGGACAGCGAGAAUGUUCUGUUUCGUGUCGUUUCUCGACCGCUGCUACUUCGUGUGGAAUCGCUUUGCCAGCACGUGGCCUCCGGAGACUUGAACGCGAUAGAACUGACGAUGAUGGCAGUUGAAAAGGAAGCAAAUAGCUAUCGUCAACGGUUAGAUGAAACAAAACGUUACAUGCAGAUUGUUUUGCACGAAGUGAGCAACAUCGAGGAAACUUUCACUAUAUCAAGCAAAGUUGAUAAGAUAUUCGGUGAAAUAGAGCAGUUAAACACAACAUUUCGCGAAUCGAUUAUGACUGCUACCGGAAACCUGCUUUCAAGACAACAGGCAAUCAGUGACGAAAUUCUCGAAGGCUUUCGUGACACUGUCGAUGAAGUCGGUGUUUUUGAGGUUAUUACCGAUUUUGCGAUGUUUCUGAGCAAUGAAACGGAACUGUUGCUCGAGGAGCUAACCGAGCAGCUUGACGAUUGGGUCUUUCAAACAUCAAACAUGAUCAACGCCUUUGAAGAAGGUUUGAAAAACAUUACGUUCGAACUAAUGGAUUCUCCAAUCGAAAGCUUUCUACGAGCCGAAAGCCCCCUCAAAUGUUUGGCAGGGUUUGGUUACCACAAAGCCAUGCAAAAAAUGACACAAGGUGCGGAAAGCAUGUUGCAAUGCUUCAGUAGUGCAAAUGACCCCAAGCGUCCACUUGAAAUGGCGUAUCAUCAGCUAAGCGAAAUGGCCAAUGAUGUUCAGCUUACGUUGCAAGAUAUUGUACAUUGUCAACAAAGCACUCUUCGAGAUGAUUAUGACACAAAGAUUUUUGAAGAUAUGGCGAGUUGCUUCGAAAUGGCCGAAAUAACUUUUGAAGCGAUGGAGAAAUUUGUGGAGUCUAAAAUGGAUGAAAUCGUAUUACACGUCGAUAAUUCGAUGUACUACAAUGUGUUUCAAAUGGCGACUUGCUUUUAUUAUAGAGCCCGUAAAACGAUGUUUGCCUUUGCUUCUAUCAAUCAUCAGUAUCAAUCGUGUAAUGUAGAAAUUGAUAUAGAACUGUAA